AAAUCAACGUUCUAUCCAUUGCUAUCAGAACUUCGGGUCAGAUACACCAUCUUAAUAGAAAGAUUGGAUACGGUGUACGACCAAAUGGUGCAGCCACAGAAGCGCUUGAUUGUGAAAAGGUUACUUGAAGCGUGUUUAGGAAGGCUGCUGGAAAUAAAGCAUGACUGGGUCGAGCUCAAUCUGUCGGACUAUACGUAUGAUGAUGAUGAGGCACUACGGAGGCUCAACGUCACACCUCUAGAAGCAGAACCAUGCGUCCCGCAAUACUUCGUCAGAGAAAGACAGCAAGAGGUCGACGAUCGACGCCAGUUCAUCACAGAAGUCCUAAGGAAGCUGGGACAUGAACCAGCUAAGCCUAGACCAUUAGUCCUCACUGAACAACAAGCUGUUAUCAUUAUACAGAGUCAUGAAAGAGCAAGGCAAGGACGACUAAGAGGCCAAUUCAUGAAAGAAAUUCGUCUCCUAAAAGAGAAAGGCAGGGAUCAGAGAGGUGAAAUGUCCUCCACAGCAGCCACUGCUAUUCAGAGGGUGUGGAGAGGGUUCAUUGCUAGACGAGCCACUAAAAAGAGAAAGUUACAGGAACAGCUUCUUAUUGGCAUGGAAAUGCUUCCAUAUGUGGAAUCUAAAGAGAUAAAAAAAGCCGAAGAGGUGAAACAAACACGCCGUCAAUUGCAACAACAAAACGAAAAAGAAUAUCAAGAUGCACUAAACGCAAUCGAAGAUAGGCUUCUAGCAAAACAUGAGGCUAAAAUAACUGAGCGAAUCAGCGAUGAACUAAGGCGUUGGAUAACAGAAUAUUAUGAAAGAACAACUCGAUUGCCAGAAUUUCCUUCCGAAGACGCUGGUGGUAGUCGUGCAAUGUUUAGCAGACAAGGGACGGGUGUUGACAGUGAAUUAAGUAAGCUAUCACCGAUAUCUUCUAAGGAUUCUAAAAAAAGCAAGGACAGUAAAGAGAAGAAAAGCAACAAGACUGAUGAAAAUAAAAACAAAGACAAAGACGAAGUGGAAGAUCUUUAUACAUUUAAAUGCACAGCCUCGUCAUUUCUGCAAGAAAUAAUAAAUACCAAUGAAGAAUAUGAAGAUAUAUGGAAAUAUAGAGACGACGAUGAUGAUCUUCAUGAAAAAUAUGAUACUGAAAUGAUAGAACGUGAAAAAAUGGCUAAAAUCGAACAAGAAAUAAGAAACACAGUUGAUGAAUUGAUGAGAACUGAACUUGAUCUAUUGCAAGCUGCUUUUGAUAGGGAUAGAGCUCAUAAAGGAAAGAAGUCUAAAAAGCCGCAAAAAAAGGUACGACGCGGAGGAAAGAAGAGUAAGAAAAAGAAAGAGAAAGACCUAACGCCUGACAGGACAACAGAGUCUUUAUUUGAGGAAUUAGUCACUAAUGGCAUUAUCCGUCCUCAUCCUUUUGUUAGUAUAAUUAAUGAUUAUAUUGGUGAAAAGAACUUUGUUGGAGCUCAGUGGAGGUGCGAGGGAAGGGAACCGUCACCGUCUUUGGGAGAUAUACGGCAAUUGGUUAAAGAAUAUUGUAUUCUGCCGCUUGGUUCUGAAUAUGUUAGAACGCAUGCGCCUAUAGUUAGGUCUAUUUUGAUUUCAGGUCCAUCUGGAAGCGGUAAGAAGAUGCUUGUCAACGCUAUUUGUAGUGAAACCGGUGCUAUGUUAUUUGAUUUAACACCAGCAAACAUAGUGGGAAAAUAUCCAGGAAAAUCAGGACUAAUAAUGUUGAUACAUUUAGUUAUGAAAGUAUCAAGACUGUUACAACCAUCUGUUAUAUGGAUGGAUGAAGCUGAAAAACCUUUUGUUAAGAAAAUACCUAAAACGGAUAAAACUGACCCGAAAAGAUUGAAGAAAGAUCUAGUGAAAAUUAUAAAAGGUAUCUGCCCAGAAGAUCGCGUAUUAUUCAUCGGCACAUCCCGCACACCAUGGGAAGCGGAACAAAAGCUGCUAUUCCAAUGCUAUGCUAAAGUUAUUCAGAUCCCCAAAGCUGAUUACGGCAGCAUAUCUCUUAUGUGGCGCACAAAACUGCACAGAGCGGGCGCGCUAUCUCCCAGAUUAGAUAUAUCGUGCUUAUCUAGAGUAUCCGACUCGUAUACUAUUGGUACCCUACUAUCAGCCCUGGAUGCUGUUCUCACCACAAAAAGGCGUCUACAGUUACGCGUCAGAGCGCUUACAGCGCAAGAAGUAGCUGUCCAGUUGAGCGCCCGGGAGCCAGUUUAUGCAGAACAAGAUGCAGCAGCAAAUGCUUGGUGGUUGAAGACACCGAUGGAGAGAAGAAGACUACGGAUGCUGCAAAAGUUACAAGAGUUGGAACAAGAGAAUGAAGAGAGAGCUGCUGCUACUAAAUAA